GUUGUUUAACUGUGUCGUUCUAAAUUGCUUAGCUUAUCUUGCUAGCUAGAUAGCUUAUCUUGCUAGCUGUUCGCAACUUAGCAGCUCGCGCCUGGAUGUACGUUGUUAUGCCGUUAGCCACCUAAGCUAGUUUGCUAGGAUAAGUUUAGAUUUACAUUUAAGUGUUCUAACGUCACCUCUAAGUGUUCGGAAGGUGACAGCCCAUACACCCACAACUGCAGGUGCAGUGACAGUUAUCUAACACUAAAUGGGGAACAGCGCUCUUAAAGCUCAUUUGGAGACUUCUGAGAAGACUGGAGUUUUUCAGCUGACUGGGAAGGGUCUUCAAGAGUUCCCAGAAGAAUUACAGAGGCUUACAGGAAACCUCCGGACAGUUGACCUGUCCAACAACAAAAUUGAAGUGCUGCCGGCUUUUAUAAGCAGCUUCCAGCAACUCAGAAGUCUCACUAUAAAUAGUAACAAACUAGCCAGUCUACCAAAUGACAUUGGGAAAUUGAAGAAGCUGGAAGUCCUUAUCUUGAAUGGAAACCAGCUCCAGCAGUUGCCUGCCUCUAUUGGCCAGCUUAAGGCCCUGCGCACCUUCAGUGUUUCUGGAAAUCGCUUCAGGGAGUUUCCCAGUGGCCUGGGUUCCCUCCGCCAGCUUGAUGUUUUGGACCUGUCCAGAAACCAAAUUCAGACUGUACCUGCAGAGGUGGCUGAACUUCAGGCGAUUGAAAUCAAUCUCAACCAGAACCAGAUUUCAACUCUGUCCCUGGAGCUGUCACGCUGUCCCAGGCUCAAGGUUCUACGACUGGAGGAGAACUGCCUGGAGUUGUCCUCCAUCCCCACCUCCAUCCUCAGCCACUCCCAAGUGGCCCUGCUCUCCGUGGAGGGCAACCUGUUUGAGGUCAAAAAGCUACGGGACCUCGAUGGAUAUGACAAGUACAUGGAACGCUUCACAGCAACCAAGAAGAAAUUCACUUGAAGAGAUAAAUGCUGUGCUUGGUGUUGGCCCUUGGCAUGGGGCUCUCACUGUUUGAGGUGCUAUGGCUCCCUGCGCACCUGCCUUCAUCACAGGUUAGAUGAGAACUCGCCCAGGCAGGAGAGGAACUGCUUCAGUGCAUGCUAGAACCACAGCACGCCCUGCUGUACCGCACCAGGUACAGCCUCAGUUUAACCUACAGGAUCUCCUGUGCAAGAGCACCUAUGUCUCUUUCAGAUGCAGACAUCUUAUAACCAUACAAAGCUGUACGCGCCACUUGAUUUACAUAUUUACACCACCUUAUAGAUUUGUGUAUAUAUUUAUUUACACACAGAAAUUCAGUAUAGAAACUACACAUAAUCUUUGGAAACUCUGACCUUCAGUCAAGGAUAAUGUCUUACAUGCUCUUUGAAAUAGACAUUCAGCUAUAAAUACGGGUUUUAGGAUAUUCAGACCACAGUAAUGAAUUGUUGUUUCUUUUUUGUGUGUUUGUGUGCACAAGAAUACUCAUGAAGUAAAUUGCUUCCAGUGUGGGAUUUUUCUUUCUUUAGAUUGCUAAUUUGGGAGAGGUCAGGUAAAGAGGCAAUAUUUAGGAAGAAAACCGAGGAAUUCAUAUUGUCAUAACUUAUACACUGUUGCUGUCAUUGAUCUUUAACAUAACUGCUGAAUGAAAAAAAGGUUUUCCUGGAGGAAGCACCACUGAAUGGCUUGUCUUCAUUCUGCUCUAAAACAGCCAGUUUAAAUUUUGAUGGGUUUCAUAUCCAACCAAUAGUUGAAGCAGCUGUUUCAACUAUUUUGUUGUUAAAUACUUUUGUUUAAAUAUUGUUUGUUUGAUCUUUUAAUGUUAUCCCCAUCUCAAAUAUUUCUUUUAGAAUACCAUUAAUAGUAUUCUAUUAAUAUCAUGAAUGGAUUUUCCCAUGGAUAUUUAUUGUUCAAUACACUAUCAGUAUCUGUACUUGAAUGAACUAUGUGUCAUAUUACACUAGAAGGGUUAAACAUAUAUACUUUCCCAAAAGAGCAUAACUCUAUCUUGGGUUUAAUGCAGUGAACUACUAGUUGGAUUAAUUAAGUCUAUGAAGUUAUUGACCUUUUUUGUGACAAUGUGGAAGCCCUCAGAUCAAUAGAAUGCAGCAAGGGACUGAGUGACAUUUGCUUUAGAAUGUGUGUGUUAACAAAAUUGUUCAUUAUAUAGUCAUUAUUGUCCUUUUAAUAUUUUUCUAUUGCUAUUACAUGACAUUUCUUUUUGUA